CUGAUGUUCACAUUUUGGGACUGUCCUGCCCAGUUAAGGACAGACGGUCACCCUACACAGGCCCCACUGGGGGAUCAGCUCCUGGAUUGCAAUCGAAGAGGCAGCACAUGCAUGUACCAAAAUGUCCUGACUCAGAGCUGGGGGCUGUGUGGCUUCUUAUUGCUUUCUUUAUUAUGUCCCUUUACUGUCUCCUUCACCAGGGCUAGACACAUCCCUGCUCAGCUGCUCUAGCCCCUUCCCAAGUCCCUCAACUUCAUCCCAGGCUGCAACUCUUCCCAGGACAGCGACAUUUCCAGGCUGGAACCAGCCCCCUUGGGCAGCCCCAGGCCCUAGAGAUAUUGUCUGCGGAGAGGACUGACUUUAAUCCUUUGCUGGAUCUUGUUCCUUCUCUUCUGGGCCUUCAGGCUACUAAACUGGAGACUCUGCCCAAGUUCUGGGAAUAGAAGAAAGGGAAACGCCCCAACCACUGCCUUAAGCCAAACAAGCUCCUAAACUCAAGUGAAAUUAAUUUGUGAAAAAGAAACUAAUCUGCAGCUGCUGUUCCCAACUUGAAGAAGAGCCAUGGCUGCCCCGGACCUGGCAAGUAGCUUCCAGGACGAAGUAACUUGCUCCUUGUGUCUGGACUAUUUUAAGGAUCCAGUGACUAUUGACUGUGGGCACAACUUUUGCCAGGCCUGCAUCAUCCAGUGCUGGAGAAAGUCAGAGCUAAACUUUUCCUGCCCCCAGUGCCGGGAAACAGCCCAGCAAAGAAAGCUGCGGCCCAACAGGCUGCUGGGGAACAUGGUCGAGCUGGUGAAACAACUGAGGCAGCAGGCAGGAAAAGCGCCCAAGGGGCAGCGUGUGUGUGAGGGGCACCGGGAGGCUCUGAAGCUCUUCUGCCAGGAGGAUGAAGCCCCCAUCUGUGUGGUGUGUGAUAGAUCCUGGGCGCACCGAGCUCACACUGUGGUUCCCCUGGAGGAGGCUGCUCAGGUCUACAAGGAGAAAAUCCUGAGGUGCCUGCAGCACCUGAGAGGGCAGAGAGAAGAGCUGCAAGGCCUGAAGACCGAGUGGCAGCAGGAGAGUGAAUGGCUGCUGAAGCAGACAAAGAUGGAGAGGCAGCUGGGGGUGUCCGAGUGCAAGGAGCUGCGCCAGCUCCUGGUUAAACAUGAGAACCUUCUGCUGGCCCUGCUGGAGGAUCUGGACACUGAGAUUGUAAAGAAGAGGGAUAAAAACACUGCCCGCCUGUGCGAAGAGACUGCCCUCCUGAGCACCCUGAUCACUGAGCUGGAGGGGAAGUGUCAACAGCCAGCGCAUGAGCUCCUGCAGGGUGUCAGAAGCAUGGUGAGCAGGUACGUCUGGGCUCCAUCUCACCUCUUGUGCCCCCUUGACCAAUGCCAGAUGGCAGACAUACCUCCAUGCACCCCAGCUGUGGGACAGUCUCCCCUCGGGAUCGAGCAUCCUCCAACCCCACAGCUCUGGGGCUGCUGCUGCUGCUGUCACUCUGUGACACAGCCGGUGCAGGGAUUGCCCCACAGUCCUGGGCUGAAUAAAUUCCUCCCUGCAGGCUCAUCUAAUUUAUGGUGCAGGGCUGAGAAGGUAACUUCUCUGCAGCUAGCUCCCAAGUUCCCUGAGCUGGAGAAGAGGAUCCGGGAUUUUCCUAAGGAGAACAAGCUCCAAGAAUGUCUUACUGGGUUUCUGGAGCAGCUGGUUGCAGAGAGAGGUUUCAGAAGAGCCCGAGGGCAUGCAGUGGACGUGACUUUGGACCCAGACACAGCUCAUCCCGAACUCAUCCUGUCUGAGGAUCGUAAAAGUGUGAGACAUGGAAACAACCGACAGAUUCUGCCCAACAACCCUGAGAGAUUUAACAGCAGUCGCUGUGUUUUGGGCUCCAAGAGGUUCACGGGUGGGAGGCAUUACUGGGAGGUAGAGGUGGGAGACAAGACGCGCUGGACUCUGGGUGUGUGCAGGGAGUCAGUGUGCAGGAAAGGGGCAGUCUCACUGUUGCCUGAGGCUGGAUACUGGACAGCAUGGCUCAGGGAUGGGAAGUAUACAGCCCUCACUUUCCCCACAACCCCUUUACAUGUGCGUGUAAGGCCCAGGCGGGUGGGGGUUUUCCUGGACUACGAGGGGGGCAAGAUCUCAUUUUACAAUGUUACUGGCAGGUCCCAUCUCUUCACUGUCACUCAAUUCUUCACUGGGACCCUGCGCCCUUAUUUCGGCCCUGGUCUCCAGGAGAGGGGCACAAAUGCAGGUCCUCUGAUUAUCUGCCCAGUCCUGGCCCAGCCCUGAGGAAGUUCUUGUCACUGUCCCUGACGCACGUAGCACAGACUGUCCCUGCCUAGUGCUGACCCGACUACCGACCCCUCUAGUGCCCCCAGUGCCGGGGUGGGGAGUCAGGGCAUGACUAGGACUUUUGUCUCCUGGUGCCAGUCCCAGUGUCCCUGUCUCAUGGCUGGGGCAGCCCAGCCAUUACUGGGUUUGGGUCCCAUAUGGGCAGCGCUGUUAGCUAGCACCACAGGCCAGUCAGUUAUUAUAACCCAAGACAAAUGCCCCUUUACACCCUCUGUCCUGGGCCAGAGAGACCCCAACUGUGCAGCCCUACUGCACCUGCCUGUUGCUGCAAAGUUCAUGGUAGCUGCUGGUGGGCAGGGGCAGGAGGGACCCAUUCUGCAUCCAGACAGCUACUGCCCCAGAGACUGAAGGGGAGAAAUAAAUAACUCCACAUCCCCAUCCCUGUGAUUCGCAGUUACCAGUGCAACAUGGACUUCUAUCUGCUUUGGUAGGGCUAUGUUCAUAGUGACGGUCUCUGUGGAGCUGUAUUUUCCUGCCUAUCCUAAAAAUUUUCCUCUCCAGGGAUCCCUCAGCUCCUUCUCUUCUGUGACUGGGAACAUUUAUACCUGUGUCUGUGUUCCUGUCUAUGCAGAGUGUGAGCUCCCACAGCAGGGACCGUGUGCAGGGACCAUCUGUGAUGUACCUGGUGCUCACAGGCUGCUGGGAUAUUCAUGAAUAACACAAAUAGUCCCCAAGCAGCAAAAAGGGUUAAAUAAAAAUCUGAGAAGCAAAGAGAAGUGCUAGGCACAGAGCAGAGCUAAUGAGACAAGGGGGUCAUGGGUUAUGUCAGCUCCUGUUUCUUUUUCUCAGGUGAGAAUUGCUCAUCAGUCGAUCACAGUUUUGUUGGAUUUAUUCAUUACUCAGAACCCUCAAUAAACAGUUUCUACCUGUUA